UUCCCUCCAACAAUUUGAUUGGCUCAUUUCAAAGCCUUGCCCUCCAAUAGGUCUUCAGUAACAGCGCGCGCGUCUUUGCUCUGGACCAAUCAGCGUCGCCGUCGCUCUACAGAGCAACUAUAAAGCUGCGCCUCGCCUCAUAUUAUUAUACACCCCUGCAUUCACCUGCAAGCGCUUCGUCCGAGUUAGACAUGGCCAGAACCAAGCAGACCGCCCGCAAAUCCACUGGAGGAAAAGCCCCCAGGAAGCAGCUUGCCACCAAAGCUGCACGUAAAAGCGCCCCGGCUACCGGUGGCGUCAAGAAGCCUCACCGCUACAGGCCUGGCACCGUGGCCCUGAGAGAGAUCCGUCGCUACCAGAAGUCCACCGAGCUGCUCAUCCGCAAGUUGCCCUUCCAGCGCCUGGUCAGGGAGAUCGCUCAGGACUUCAAGACCGACUUGCGCUUCCAGAGCUCAGCCGUCAUGGCUCUGCAAGAGUCCAGCGAGGCCUACCUGGUCGGGCUGUUCGAGGACACUAACUUGUGCGCUAUCCACGCCAAGAGGGUCACCAUCAUGCCCAAAGACAUCCAGCUGGCUCGCCGUAUCCGCGGGGAGAGGGCUUGAACAUCGGAACACACCAAAUCAACCAACGGCUCUUUUAAGAGCCACUACUUGUUACUGCUAAAAGGCUGAACUUCCUACGUGCGUUUCUCACGGUUAAUAUCGUUUUACUAUUGCAGUAUUUAUUAUAAGCUAAUAACGUUUCCUUUUGAACCCACACCUUUACCAUACCACGGUUGAUUUAAUCCAAUUGGUUUGAAUUUGUCGAUACUUGGGCAGAAGCAAAAGUAGUCCCCACCAAAUGUUUUACAAUGUGACCAUAUCUUAAUUAAUGCGUCAUCUCAAAUAAUUUAAAUUGUGAAAGGUAACGAUAUUAUGAUUUUGGAUUCAACAAUAAAGUCUAAAUAUUUGGUAUCGGUGAUCUCGAUAUUUAAGAGUUGAUCCGCACAUCAUAACCAAUCCUGUCAGCGGCAGCACAUACGAAUUAGCAUGCGAAGGAAUAUAAAGACGUGGGUGAAGAAUAAGUAACACAACUACAAAAAUUCUGUGUUAAAAGUUCAUUUCGUCAACUCUCAUUUUGACCCAAUUUGUUACUGGUCACUUUAGUCAGGCAAACGUUCCUCAGUCCCAACGUAUAUGUUAUCAAUAGUAUGUAUGCAUGACUUUCACAGUUUCCGUAGUGUAGUGGUUAUCACGUUCGCCUAACACGCGAAAGGUCCCCGGUUCGAGACCGGGCGGAAACAAAUUUUUUGCCCCUCUUACUGCAAACAGAGAUGUUUGAAUACAUAAAUGUGAUGACUUUUAAUUGAAAUGUAACUGAAUGACUUUAAAAGAUGAACAAUAAAACUGGUAACAAUC